UCUUUCAUUUUGUUCCUUCCUGUUCCUUCCAUCGAGAUACACGUACACCGGCGUCUAGACACACUUGUCGUACGGUCCCUACCUGGAGAUCACGCAACCCAUGGCCAUCCAAUCCCAAUCCCGAUCCGAAUCCCAAUUCCUCAUCCUCUUCCCUCGCUCGUCCACUCACCAAUACACACGCACGCACCCUGAUCCCCUGCCUGCCUCCAUGCCUCCAUGCCUCCAUGCCUCCAUGCCUCCCUCCAUGCCUCCAACCAGCCAACCAGUAGCUAUUUGCAAACCACCCAAUAGAACAUGCCGAGGUACUCUACAUGCCUACACCUGAAUAGUACAUCCAGUUUCCUCUCUUCCUCCCUCAUCCCUCCCGGCAUAUGCUCCACACACCGUUCCCACCGCACCUA